UUCACUUAGCGACAAUAUACGUUCGAUUAGUGUUUGCUGUACUUGUUUAGCUUGCAUAAAAGUUUAUCAAAUUUAGUUGAGAGUAAGAAUUUAUUGAUAUAGAAGAGUCAUGAACAUGGAAGCCUACAAAGUUAUGUUGAUAUUGCUUGCUUUGGUACAUUUAUCAUCUGCAGCUCGUCAUGUUGUAUACUGGGACAGAGUACAAAUUCCAUCGCUAGCCGAAGAAGGGCUACAAAUUACUCUAGAAGUGGACGAUUAUAUGGAUGUACUAUGUCCCUACGUACCUACAUCUCACAUUGAAGAAACUAGACACAAUAAACGUGGACAAGUAUUUCUUCAAUUGUUCAACGUAACAAGAGAGGAAUAUGAAGAUUGUGAUAAUAGAAAUGGAAUUCGCCUUCAAACUUGUGAUAAUCCAGGCAUCGAAAAAAAAUUGACGACAAAAUUUCAAGAACGAAGUCCAUAUCCGUUUGGAUUUACAUUCAGACCUGGAGCAACAUAUUAUUAUAUUUCUAAACCACUUCAUGACAUCAGUAAAGGCUGCACUCAAGCUACAAUGAAAAUGAAAGUUAACGUACAAAAGAAAGGUGCAGUUUUUGCCGAGAGCCAACAUGAACAUACGAUAACAUAUAACAAACAUAAUCAGAAACAUCAUAAUGGAAAUCAUAACAAGAACAUACAUGUAGAAACAGAUCGAGUUAUGUCACCCCACCGACACAAUCAUCACGAUCGAGCGACCACCGUUAAGCCAACCACAAGGCCUCCACGUGUUGUUAUUCAGUUUGAAACUCCUUCCAUCAAAACACCAAAGAUUCGAGCGAGCGCUGUACAGCAAGACGAUCCAGAAAAUGGAGCUAUCGGAUUUAAUAAAGCUUCUUUGCCUAUUAUAAGUCUUUUUGCUUCACUAUCAACUUUGUUUUUGUGCAAUUUCAAUUCAAAUUUCGGGUUUUGGCAUUAAAAGAGCACAAGGGCUACUAAAGAAAAUUCAGGCCAUCGUUGAAGACCGCAUGGAUGCAUAAACUAACACGAGGUUAGAUGACAAUGCCAUUGCCGCGAAAAGCACAGAAUCCGAAUAAAGAUGGCUGUUUAUUGGCUUGCUUUAAUAGCCAUUAGAAGCAGGCCGAAUACUAAAAUCUCCGCUAUCGCGUGAAAACUACCAACAAAAAUGUCAUCAUUUCAAUAUGCCUUAUAAAUGUAUUGACAAUUAUGAUUUAUGACAUUAAUGAUUGUAUUUCAAACUAUAGAAGGAAAAUUGAUCAAAAUAGUUCAGAGUACCACAAUUACCCUGUAACAGCAUUUUUGAACCAAACCAAAAUUUUAAGCAUGAGUUAAUUAGCAGUAUUCUGUUGUUUAUCGAGAAAGCAUUUUUAAAUGUGAAAUUAUAGAUUUCAAAAUUAGGCAAUACAAGGUGUUCAUUUAUAAUGCUUUACCUUGCUUGAUUUUGAUACCAAUAUAUAUAUAUAUAUAUGGGGACUGUCUCAUUUGCUUUAGUGUAUUAUACUAUAAAUUAUAAUGACGUGGAAAGUAUCCAUUACUAACGAACGAAUAUCCAUUUUUUUCAAAUUUGUAAGUGGUAUAAUUGGUUGGAUUCUGAAAAACAUCAGUUUUAUAAUAUCUUCAAAAUGGUACAACAAAGUGUCUCAUUUUUAUUUUUAAUGGUGAACUUUUGAUGAAAUUUAAAUGCUUAUAUGCCGAUGCUUACAGCAAUGACACGUCGUUGAUGACCAAAAAUCAUGAAUUCACUAAUUAUCGCAAGUAAUUAUAACCAAAUAGGAUAUAUAUCCUAAUUUUGCUAUAACCUUUUCCUAAAACAGUCAAAUUUAUGGAAAACAGAAACUUUUAUCACAUUUACGGCAGAAUCGAAUCGAUUAAAUGAAAAGUUAAGUGAUUAGAAGUUUAUUAGUAUAUACCCAAAUGGUAGGAACGAUCCCCAAAAGUCCAUUUUCAGUAAUCGGCUCUUCCAUAAUGUGUGAUUUAUUAUAAAUUACGCAUUAUCUGUGAUUAGAUUUCGGCAAUGCAGAUACCCACGUGUGUCGUGAUGUCUUUUUAUGGUUAGUUGAUGCAACGAUUAUACUUUUGUACAAUGAGCUUUCUUUGAGUUUUGAAUGCUUUUGCGAAUGUUUUAUCCUAUUUUUUGUUAAGUGGGAUAAUUUGUAUCACAACAAUUUCAAAGUAUGUCAUAUCUACCGCGUUUUACCGAGCCAAUUGCCGAAAUUAGGAAUCUUUUUGUGUUGGCAACCGAUACAAUAAAUUCCCGCUAGAUGGCAUUCAAGAACAAAUAUUAUUUUAAUUUUCCGAUAUGAUACACAGCAAGCUAUGUUGGCUUAAGCACUUAUUUUUCUGCUAUGCUUUAUUUUGUUUUUGUUUCAUUUUUCUUUUGCGAUGUAUUGCUUUUUCAUUCUAGCAGUUGAAAUAAAUAAAAUAAUACCUGCUUAA